UAAUUUUGAUAGGGAUGUAUAGCAAUUUCAAGGAACAAGGUUUAGAGUAUGCGAAGGAAGCAGCAGAGGCAGAUAUUUGUGGGAAUUACCCAAAGGCAUUUUCUUUGUAUAUGAACGCUUUGGAAUAUUUGAAAACUCAUUUGAAGUAUGAGAAAGAUCCAAUUGUGGAGGAAUUCGUCGGCCACAAAUUCUCACCCUUUAUUUGCGCCGUGCCGAGGAGAUAAGAGCUCUGCUCGACCUCCAUCUUCCCGGACCUCCUCCUAGUUCCGCCGCGCCGGAUGGAUCCGGGACCGCCAAGCCGCCGGCGUUGCCGGAGGCCGCAAUAUUACCCCAUAACUUCCCCCAUCUCUCCCCUGAUAUGUAUAACUAUUUCAAGGAUCAAGCAAUAAAGAAGGUGAAAGAGGCAGUAGAGGAAGAUAAUGGUGGCAAUUAUGCAAAGGCAUUUCCUUCAUAUGUCUACGCCUUGGAGUACUUCAAUACUUAUUUGAAGUAUGCGAAGAAUCCCAAGAUCAAAGAAGCCAUUACCCUAAAAUUCAACGAGUAUUUGCACCGUGCCCAGCAGAUUAGUGCUCUGCUCGAUGAUGGCGGUCUUCCUGGACCGAUUUCUAGUGGAUAUGGAGAGAAUCCAGAGCAGGCUAAGCUGCUCGCCGGCGUCGGUCUUAAUUCCGCUAUCAUAAGGGAGAAGCCGGACGUUAAGUGGAACGAUGUUGCUGGAUUGGAGAGCGCCAAGCAGGCAUUGCAAGAGGCUGUAAUAUUACCUGUGAAGUUCCCGCGGUUCUUUACUGGCAAGAUAGUGCCAUGGAGAGCUUUCCUGUUAUAUGGGCCUCCUGAAACUGGAAAGUCAUAUUUGGCGAAGGCCGUUGCUACAGAGGCCGACUCAACAUUCUUCAGUAUUUCUUCUUCGGACCUUGUCUCAAAAUGGAUGGGAGAAAGUGAAAAGCUAGUUUCAAAUCUGUUCCAAAUGGCUCGUGAUAGUGCUCCAUCCAUCAUCUUUAUUGAUGAAAUAGAUUCCUUGUGUGGCCAACGAGGUGAAGGUAAUGAAAAUGAAGCUUCUAGAUGCAUCAAGACAGAACUUCUUGUGCAGAUGCAGGAUGCUGGACGCAAUGAUAAAAAAGUUCUUGUUCUUGCUGCAACAAAUACACCCUAUGCUUUGGAUCAGGCUAUUCGCCGACGAUUUGACAAGCGGAUAUACAUCCCUCUUCCUGAUUUGAAAGCCAGGCAACAGAUGUUCAAAGUGCAUCUGGGAGAUACUCCAAAUAAUUUGACGGAAAGAGAUUUUGAAAGCUUGGCACGUAGAACAGAGGGUUUCUCAGGUUCAGAUAUUUCAAUUUGUGUGAAGAAUGUGCUCUUUGAACCUGUUCGUAAGACUCAGGAUGCGAUGUUCUUCAUUAAUACUUCAGAUGGUAUGUGGGUACCCUGUGGACCGAAGCAACCUGGUGCUGUCCAAAUUACCAUGCAAGAGCUAGCAGCAAAAGGAUUUGCGUCAAAGAUCGUUCCUAACCCAAUUUCAAGGACAGACUUUGACAAGGUUCUGGCUAGACACAAGCCUACAGUUAGUAAAUCUGAUUUUGAGGUUCACAAAAGGUUUACAAAAGAGUUUGGGGAGGAAGGUUGACAAGUUGGUUGUAAUUUCCACACCAACUGACAAAUGUAUGUAUCUUUCAUUCUUCCAUUAAAGGGAUUUUUGUAUUAAGCGGCAAAUGUUGGUUUGGAUUCUGGCCUUUCUCAAAUUUCAUGUCACCAAAUAAUCAAUGAUGUUUUCCAAUGGUAGUCUCUGAAUGUAAAUUAGUUAUGGAGAAUUUGGCACAUUGAAUAUCAUUUUUCUGUAAAUCUCCUCAAACUAUUAAUCAUUGUAAAUGUCUCAAUGAUUAUAUGAAUGACUUACCCCGACAGCGACAUAUAUUCGUGUUGAGGUUUCCA